ACAUAAAGCUGAUAUGGAAGAAUUUAAGCUCAGUGAUGAUGUAUUUGAGCAAAUAAAAGAUUUUAACCCUUGGAUAUUAACAGAUGAACAAAAAUUGUUAAUUGAUAAGCUAAUAUUAAAUGAAGAAUUAAAAGAACGUUAUAAAAAUAAUGGUUUAUGCAAAGAUUGUAAGCAGCCUAAAAUUACUUUGAAUUGGUGUCAAUGUAAAUUUCAACAAAAUUUCAAAAAUUGGACUAGUGGAAAUGAUGAAGUUGAUAAGUUUAUUCAAAAAAUACAACUUAAAGCUACAGAAUUUAGGGAAAUAUUAGAGUGGAUUGAAUAUGAUAGAUUUGAAAAUGUUGAAUAUUUGGCCAAAGGAGGAUUUGGAACUAUUUAUAAAGCAAUUUGGAAAGAUGGAUGUAUAGAAAAUUGGGAUUCUGAAAAUAAUCAAUGGAAGAGAAUAAAAACUUGGGUAAGCCAUAAAAAUUUUCCAGUUGCUCUAAAAUGUUUACACAAUUCUCAGAAUAUUACAUCCGAAUUUUUAAGAGAAAUUGAAUCACAUAAUACAAUUGUUUCAGAUUAUGUAACUCGAUGCUUUGGCAUUACUAAAGAUCCAGAAUCUAAUAAUUUCAUGAUGGUAAUAGAAUAUGCAAAGGAAGGUAGUUUAAGACAAUAUUUAAAUAAUAUAUUUAAUUCAAUGAAAUGGGAAGAUAAGUUGGACAAUUUAGUAAAAAUUGCAGCUGGCCUCAAAUCUAUUCAUGAAAAAGGAUUAAUUCAUCAUGAUUUUCAUUGUGGUAAUAUGUUAAAAGGUGGUAAUUAUACUAUUAUUACUGAUUUAGGAUUAUGCCAACCAGCAAAUGUAAAAUCUUCUCAAAAUAAUGAAUGUGAAAAAAAAGUAUAUGGAGUAUUACCUUAUGUAGCGCCUGAAGUUUUAAGAGGAGGAGAAUAUACUCAAGAAAGUGAUAUUUAUGCAUUUGGAAUUAUUGCAUAUGAAGUCUGUACAGGGCUUCCUCCUUAUCAUGAUAUUGCUCAUGAUAAAUUCUUAGCUAUUAGCAUUUGUCAAGGGGUUAGACCAAAAUCUAAUUAUAAAAUACCUCAGCUAAUUUUGGACAUAAUUAAACAAUGUUGGGAUGCAGAUCCUUCAAAACGACCUAAAGCACAAGAGUUAUAUAAGUUAGUAGAUAAUUUAUAUGAUCAUGGUUUUGCAAAAUAUAAAGGUGAAAUAAUCAAAAAGCAAGCUGAAGAAGCAGAUAAAAUUAAUGAGAAGUUUACUUCUACUUCAUUACCAUAUAAUGGUACUACUCUUUCAUAUACUACAAAUCCUCAAGCAGUUUACACGAGUAGGCUUUUAAACUUUAAAAAUCUUCCAGAACCAAAAAAUGCUAUUGAUAACAAAGUUGAUGUUGGAGAAUAUUCAGGUAAUUAA